GGGAAAGACGGCGCACAGCCACGGGCGAGAACUGACUCUUGAACAAGAAAAUCGAUAUGGCUUUACGAAAAUUGAUUUUUCGCGUCUAUGCAUUGAACAGCACACCUCAUUCUGUAAAGGUUUUGAAUACUCAUAUGUCUGCCUUUAGUGUAUUGAGUCCUAACACCGACUUGAGAGUAAAACAUGACCGACACAACCUCUGCUUUUCUAUCAACCUGGACGGCGAAGGAUAUCAGGAUAGCGCGGUUCUGCGCUACAAAUUUACGAGCAAGAAGGAGGUAGACCUACUGUCAACUUAUGUACCAGAGUCUUUCAGGGGCAAAGGUGUUGCAGCUCUUCUGUCAAAGGCUGCCAUGGAUUUUCUGGUGGAAGAAAACCUCAAGGCCCAUAUAUCUUGUUGGUAUAUUAAGAAAUAUGUUGAGGAAACCCCACUUCUUUGUUAUAAGGAUCUUAUUAUAUUCUGAAUAAGCUGCAUCCUUGAUGAAUUGUGGUUGGAAAGAAUGGUAAUUGUAAAAAUACAAAAUACUUAAAAAUAAUGUAUUCAGUAUAUACAGUACUAGUCAAAAGU